UCCACAAUACCUUAUUCACACAUAAUCGCUCGCCGUCUCAAGCAUUCCGACUUCGGAUGCUGCUUCAUGUCGAAUUAUGUCGGACUCGACAUGUCAGCAAAAGAACGGGACGGUUAGGUUCGGCACGACGGCUCCAUCCCCAUAGCGGAGAAGCGGGGGAUGGCUCCGGUCGGAGCCGGGGGUCUGGUAUCCAAUCCUCCGGGCUCCGAACCCGGCUUCUUCAGAUUCGGCGACGGGCAUAUAGAGUUGUAAAGGGAGAGCUCAGUUCCUCAGGUCCAUCUAGCGCCAUCGAAGCAGAAUAGAAGCAACACCUUCACACUACCACUCACAGACCCUCAAAAUGACCCUCACAGUUCUCACUGACGACCAGAUCCGGUCCCUCCUGGAGAACCUGACCGCCGACGAGCUAGAAGGUUUCCGCAAAGCACUCGCCUCCGCCCUAUACGAAUUCUCGACGGGUGGCACGGUGGACCAGCCGGAGCGGAUUUCAGUGCACAGCAAGGCAACUGGCGCCACCACGCUGUUCAUGCCGUCCUCUAAUGCUGCCGGCAACGGGAUCAAGGUCAUAACCCUCUCCUCGGCAUCCAACCAAUCCCCCACCACCACGGCCACCACCACGACGACGGCGGCAGCAGACACAAAACCCGUAAUCCGCCCGACAGGCGCAGUCACCCUCUUCGACGCGCAGGGCGCGCCCCUGGGCCUGCUGCACGCCAGCACGCUGACGGCCUUCCGCACGGCGCUGUCGUCGCUGUGCCUGGUGCGGCAGCGUGCGGGCCCCCUCGAGACGCUCGCCGUCUUCGGCUGCGGCGAGCAGGCGUACUGGCAUGUGCGACUUACUUUACUCGCGUGCGGGACGGCCGUGCGGAAGGUAGUCUUCGUCAACCGCAGGGCCAGCGGGGCGUCGAGGGAGGUCCUGCGGCGGUUUGGGAGCGAAGAGAGGGGGGUUCGGGCGGAGGUCAAGGAGCGCGAGGGGUGGAAGGGGUGUGUUUUUGAGGUGUUAACUAGAGAGGAAGAAGGGUAUGAACGGAAGGUGGGGGAGGUGCUGAGGGAGGCGGAUGUGGUGUUUUGCUGUACGCCGUCGACCGAGCCGUUGUUUGAUGGGCGAGUAUGGGCCUCGGAAGAGGCGCGGCGGAAGGGGAGGUUGAUCGUUGCUAUUGGGAGCUAUACGCCAGAGAUGAGGGAGGUGCCCGGUGAGUUGAUCAGGGAGUCUCAGCGGCGAGGGGACAAGGAGGCCGGUGUGCUGGUAGUCGAUACGAUUGAGGGUGCAACCAAGGAGGCUGGUGAGCUACACGAGGCCCGGGGAUUGCACGGGGAGCUUGUUGAACUUGGAGAGUUGCUCGUACCGGACGGGACUACACCCUGGCUCGACGGCAAGGGGAGCGGAAAAGGGCAUCUGACACCAUGGCUACAAACGGGAAAUGUCAUAUACAAAUGUGUUGGAUUUGGCAUAAUGGAUUUGUCCGUUGGCACACAUCUCGUCAAGUACGCAAAGGAGAAGGGAGUCGGAACCCAGGUUCAGGGUUUUAGCGACGACGGCCUUGGGCAAGUGUAUUGAACAACUGCAGGGCAGAAAUAUGGUAGACCUUGAAUCCAUGGGCUUCUUUUCAACCGCCGUGUUGUUCUUCACAGUA